ACAAUGUCAUCAGCAUGAUCUGUUUGCGGAGGUACAAGGUACCCAUAACUGAGAUCUCUGACUGACCUGAAAAUACCUUGCGAGAUCAGCACUCAGGUGGGUGUGGUCCUCUACCUUAUAGUUACAGACUUCGGUUCUGAGGUCUCACAAUGUCUAUCAACGAUGAUCUCAUACAACCCACUAGUGACAGUUUCUGGGAAGUGGGCAAUUACAAACUAGCUGUCAAACGUGUAGACUCUGGUUACAAGCUCUGUGACAGCUUGAAAAGCCUCAUUGAUGGUCGAAAUGAAAUAGAGAAAAAUUAUGCAAAGCAGCUGCAGAGUUGGUCCAAGAAGUGGAAUGACUUUUUAGAUAAAGGUAAUGAGUAUGGAACAAUGCAGAGCGGCUGGAGAGGGGUGCUGUCAGAGGCAGAAAAAGUAUGCGCUUUACACAACAGAAUAGCUGAUCAGCUUAUGAAUGAAGUCCACGCCAAGAUUAAACAGUGGCAGAAAGAAAACUAUCACAAAUCCAUGAUGCAUUUCAAAGAAACCAAAGAACUAGAAGAUGGCUUUAGAAAGGCACAAAAGCCCUGGACAAAGCGCUUAAAUAAAGUUCUAACAACAAAGAAAGAUUACCACACAGCUUGUCGGCAGGAGAAGAGUACGGCCAACCAGGAGAACAAUGCCCGAGGGGACCCCGCUAUAUCACAAGACCAGGUGAAGAAAUUACAAGAUAAACUGCAGAAGUGUGCCAAGGAAGUUGAAGCAACGCGGAAAACGUAUGAAGCCGCUCUGAAUGACCUCAAUGGAUACAAUGCCAAAUACAUAGAGGAUAUGACACAGGUGUUUAAUUCAUGCCAAGAUUUCGAGCAUAAGAGACUGGAAUUCUUCAAAGAAAUGUUAUACGGAAUUCACACGUGCUUGGAUUUAUCAGAAAGCCCAGAGUACAGAAUGAUUUACACAGAUCUUCAUAGCACAAUAGGAAAUGUUGAUUCCCAAAAAGACCUGAAAUGGUGGUCGAACACAUUUGGGGCUGGCAUGGGAAUGAACUGGCCAGUGUUUGAGGAGUACUCUCCCGAGCUCCAGUCAAUAUCUCGUAAGGGCAAAUCUGGCACGGUGGGUACGUCAGGGGAUGGCAUUACCAUAACCAGCAUCAAGCAUUCUAGAGAAGGUAGCUAUGCAUCCAACUCCUCAGAUCCCCCAGUAGCCUUCAGCCAGACGGGCACGAUGGGAAAGCCUGCUACCCCACCACAGCAGUACAACCAGCGACCCACAAGACUGGAGUCCUACGAUGACUCUCUAAACCCCUUCAGUAGUGAUGCCUUGGAAGGUGUUGAACCCAGUGGUGCGGUCCAACUGGAACCCAGCCCACAGCGUAUAUCCCCUAGUCCUGAGCGUGUAUCUCCCAGCCCAGACAGGGAGAGUGUAUUCUACCUGUGUGAUAGUCAGUCCUCUAAUCACACACCUGGUGGGGAUUCUUGUAAAGAGCAGACCACACCCACAAACCAGGAGGACUCCUACGAUGACUCUCUGAAUCCAUUUGGUGAGUCUGAUGACUCAGAGUCACAGCCGACUCCUGAGAAAAUCACAGAGACAAGAGAUUCCAGUAUUUCCUUCACAGCAGCCAAUAAACUCUCUGCCCAGCCAGAAGUUGUGCCACCUGCCCCAGAGAUGAAGCGACUGGACUCAACAGAUAGUUACGAGAGUGCACACACAAAUCCAUUUGAUGACGACGACAACUUUGGCCCGUCAGAUGUGGAAGAUGGGGCUUUCCUGGUGGAUGAUGGCCGGCCAGGAGUUCCCGUCAGGGCUCUAUAUGACUAUGUGGCCGUAGAGAAGGAUGAACUCAGCUUCAGGAAUGGUGAGGUGUUUAGUAAACUGGAAGAUGAGGAUGAGCAAGGCUGGUGUAAAGGACGAAAGGACGGCAGAAUCGGGCUGUACCCGGCUAACUACGUGGAAACCAUAUAGCACCUGUGGCUCACACCUUACUGUAGUGGUACACCAGGGACUUUCUGAUCUACAUACGCUUACAUAUCAGUGAUUGACAUGGCCACAUGAUUAGCGGCAGUCAGCAUACAUGACAGGGUUCUGACUGUUGUUCACGAGGCGUGGAGAAAUCCCUGAGGAUGUGUGGGAUGAACCUCUGGGACUGCUCAGGAUUACGGUGAAGACCCUUUCUUGUGUGGAGCUAUUUGUAACAGUACUGGGUUAAAACCACAACUUUACUCACUCAUCUAAUUAGUAAUCCAUUCAGUCACAAAUGUAGCAUGUGAACAGUUCGUGUUUUUUUGCAUCAUGUCUGGUCACAUGACAGGACAAUUCACAAAAAUGUUUAGAUUUUUAACAUCAUGAAACCACUUUCCUGUAUAUGGCCAUGUACUCUCACUAAAUACUGUCACAUUUUACAGAUCAAUGUCAUUUUUUUGUUUAUUACACAAAAGUUAAUAUAAUGUUGCUGGAGGCAAAUGCUUGCAUUAUUGUUGUAUCCAGAGUCGGUCAGUGGUCAUUUUGUGUUAACUUCUGUGCAUCUAGUAACAGGUGUUUACACUGGAAACUUUGUAUUUCUGGAAAUCCAUCCCUCACAGUUUUAUGCUAUGAGUACCAUGAUAAAUAGUAAUCUCCCUUGGUUUACCUGCCCAAACUUGAACACUCGGACUAAAAGCGAUAUUUUGUGUGUAUGGUACUGAAAAUGAAACCACUGUAUAUGAUGUAUAUGGUUGAAUGCUUGUAUCAAGCAGUUCUGGU